CGGCGGGAGAAGCGCCUUUCCGCGCCAUGGCGUUCUUGCCCCUCUUGUUGCUGGUUCCGGCCCUACUCAGUUUCCUUUUCACCUUUGGGACCGGCGUGGAGCUGAUCCGCUUCGUUUCUCUGCGUGUGCUGUUCGUGCAGCCGCCAACGGGGGCUGGCGCCCCCCAGCACAGAGCCGAUGCUGCCCCCAGUUAUGAAUGGAGAGCUGUCCUGAGGGACUCUAAAAUUCUGCACCCCCUAAUGAUGGAUGUGGGUCUGAUCACCCUCUUCAUCCUGCAGCACAGUCUUAUGGCCACGGAGCGGGUCAAGCGCUGGACCGGCAGCUGUUUGGGGGUCCUGCAGAGAUCUUUUUAUGUCUUCUGCACAGCCCUGGCCCUCCAGUUACUGAUGAGGUACUGGCAGCCAGUACGAGAUGGUCCCACUCUCUGGAAUGCCCACACGGAACCCUGGUACACCUGGGUUCCACUCAUCUGCUUCAUCCUCCACUUUGUUGCCUGGCUGAUCAUCUUUAGCAUCGUUCUCAUCUUUGACUAUGCUGAGCUGAUGGGGAUCAAACAGGUUUAUUACCACUGCCUGGGGAUGGGAGACCCUUUGGCAGUGAAGUCCUCACGGGCCGUCCGCCUCUACUCCCACCUUCGCCACCCUGUGUACCUGGAGUUCCUUCUCCUCCUCUGGGGCGUUCCUUGCCUCUCUCUUGACCGCCUGCUCCUUGCCUUGCUCUUCACGGCCUACCUGACCUGCGCCCACGGCCUCGAUCAGCAAGACUACCACUACCUCCGAUCGCAGCUGGACAAGAAGUUUCAGGUCUUCUCCCGAGAAGAGGCGGCCUACGGCGACCUCCUGGCUCAAAAUGGCCCCUCGACCUACAAGGAGAACUGAAGAAAGGCCCCAGUGUGGUGGCAGUUAUGGCUUGUCAGGCCACGGCAGACUGGUCCCCUGCUCUCCCCCGCGCUAAAGCACUGAAUGAUGCAGCGUAUUCACUCUUCCUUUGUUCUUUAUGCACUGAAGCUUCAGUGGCCUACCAAAAGAACCCAGGAGUUCUGGCUUCCAG